AUGGCAAUACAUCCUUCAAAAGGCACUGGUGGUUCGAAGCAGUCGAAUUCGGGAGCAAGAUUUCGACAACGAAAGAUUUCUGUGAAACAACCGUUGACAAUAUAUAAACAAAGCGAUUUACCAACACUAAAUGCAUCUAAUGAAUUAGAACCAUCACAGGUUCAUCAUUUAAAUCUGAAUGCCGGCCAGCAACAAAGAGACAUACAUGCGAUAGAGACUGGUGUGGAUAAAAAUGAAGAAGAUGAAGUUCAUUUGCAACAAGUCAUUAAUGCAGCGCAGAAAGUACUUUUAGGAUCCCAGAAUGAGGAUGGCGAUCAGAAGAAAGAUGAUGGUGACAAAAAGGCAGAUGCUCUGGUUUAUAUCCCAACACCUGAUGCUUCUAGAAUAUGGACUGAUGCACAUAAAUACUAUAAUGAUAAUUCAUUUAGAGAGCCAGAAACAUAUAUAAAAUUUAGUGCUACUGUUGAAGACACCGUAGGCGUUGAAUUUAAUAUGGAUGAAAUAGAUGAAGAAUUUUUGAAAGGCAAGCUUUGGAAAGAAUACCCAAAAAUUAAAUCACCAAAAGUAAAAACGGAGAAACUGGACAAUGCCAACAAAGAAAGCGAUAACACUCGUAAGUGUUCAGAAGUUGAAUUUGAAAUUGUAUGUGAUAAGCUCGAAAAGAUAAUUGAAGAAAAGCAGCCCUUUCUAUCCAUGGAUCCUUCGAAUAUUUUAUCUUUCAAAGAAUUAUCAGCAUAUAUUAUAGAAGAAUUUAAUAAUUCAAACAAAGAUAAACCAUACGUUCAAUUGGGAUCAAAUUUGAAAUAUAUUUCUACCACGACAUUAAAAGAAAAGUUAUCCAAAGAAUUAUCUUUCGAGCCAUUUGUUACAUUGUUCGAUAAGUCACCAUUAGAUCAAACUUCAACUAAUAAUGUGAGACCAAUUCCAAAAUUGUUAGAAUUAUUUGGUGAACCAAUAUAUGAGCAUUGGAAAGGCAGAAAGAUUGACCGUAAAGGUAAGCAAAUACACCCGACCCUUAAAUUUGAAGACCCAAGUGCCAAUGAAAAAGAUAAUGAUAAUGAUCCAUAUAUUUGCUUCCGUCGUCGUGAAUUCCGUCAAGCACGUAAAACUAGGAGAGCAGAUACAUUAGGUGCAGAAAGAAUAAGACUUUUACAAAAAUCAAUGCACAGAGCAAGAGAUUUGGUAAUGUCGGUUUGUCGGAGAGAAUUAAUCAAAUUAGAAACUUGGGAAACAGAUCAUGCAAUCUUUAAAUUGCGUAGUGACGCUAAGAAUUUGAAAAGGGUCGUUGGUGUGAAAGGUGAUGAUUAUCUUUUCUAUCCACACAAGAGAAAGAAGGUUAUUAAAGUUAAAGAAGAAGACGAAGACAAGGAAUCAUCGAGAAUUAAACGUGAUAAAAGAUCUAGGUUUGACUCUUCUCGUGAAGGCUCUGUAGCAUCGAUACCAGGUUCGGCCACUAUCGGUUCAAAUGCUAUCCAUAAAGAUAGAUUGGCUAAUGGGCAAGUUCACCAUCAACAAGAAGCUACUUCUUCUUCUCAACCAUAUGUUAAAUUGCCACCUUCUAAAAUCCCAGAUAUGGGAUUGGUUACGGUUUCGUUGGUGUUGAAGGAGAAAAAUGAAACUAUCAAGAGGGCCGUAUUGGAAAAAUUACGCAAAAGAAAAGAACAAGAUAAAGGUUUUAUUAAUGUAACUGAUGAUCCAUACCAGCCAUUUUUUAAUAUUGCAACAAAUAAUAAAUUCAAGAAUAAUGAACUCAAGCAUAUUCCAUAUUCUUCUAUUGCUGCAACUAGAUUUCAUGAAAUUAAUACCACUAAUUAUAUAAGUGAAAAAUUGAAAAAUUUAUUGGAAGAAGGAAAGAAACCACUUCCUGGAACUAAAACUUUUAGAGGUUCAAAUGGUGAAUUGAUUCCCUCGAAGCCAUUUCCUCAUUUACUGGCUUUGCUUCAAGAUCGUAUUGAUAAUAGUCAAUUUAACUCGGUAAGUUACAUUGCUCAAUUAUUAUCAAACAUAGAAAACAAUAAUUUCAGUGCUUAUAACAACGGUUAUGGUCAACAACAACGCCAGCAUCAGGAAAUGAAUAGAGAUAAAACUAAAAUUUCAGAUCCAAUUUUCAGAUUGAGAAAAAGAGUUGGUAGGUUUAAUAGAAACUUUGUUGAUAGAAGAGGUUUAAUGAAGAGACCAAAUGAUGUAAUUGAUGACUUCUUAAAAUUCGAUGAUGAAAAUGAUAAUGAAGAAUGCGACCAAAUGGAUAUUGAUUCUGAAAUAGUCAAAAGGGAUAAUGUACCAAAUGUCUACGACAGUAGAGUUGAUUCAAUUAAGAGAUUAGAUUCACGUUGGCAGUUUGAUGAUGACUUGACUGAAUAUAGUAAAGGGUUGCAAAGUCCGUUCAGUUUAGAUCCGUCUAGAUUAAAUUGUAUAAGUGAUGACACUCAAUCAAUAAGAUUUGGUUCAAUGCUUUUGUCGAAAUCUUAUGAUUUAUUGAGAGAGUCUGUUCAUCAACGGCAACAGGCUCUAGUACAGCAAGCAAGAAUGAGAACGUUACAACAGCAACAGAGAAAUAAUAAACAGCAAUCGGGACAAAACUCUGGAUCGAGUAGUGCAUCAUUAGGAUCGAAUAAUAAUUCAAAUCCAAGCAUUUCAAGCCAAAUUGAUCAAGGUCAAAUUAAUGUACAAAAUUCCAGACAGGGUGGAACUAACUCCAAUGGUAGUCAAAUCUCAACUUCAAGUCAGCCAAGGCCGAGUAUGUCAGGAGGCUCUAUGAAUCCAAAAUUACCGACUCAAAGUCUGCACCGAUCUAACACAAAUUCUCCAUUGCUUGCUUCACAGACUCAAGGUUAUUCCCAGCAACAAAAUGCUAACAAAUUCCCGCCGAUAUCUCAACCUCAGUCACAAUCUCCAACCCAUACUGCUAAUCAAUUACAGACUUCUAAAAUGUACAAUAAACAUGGUAGUAAUAUUCCUCUGUCGAAUUUAAAGGGCCCGAAGUUUACGAACAGUAACAAAAUUGGAUCUUUACCUAAUCGCAAAUGA